AAUCGCAACCAUAAAACUCAUCUGAGCACCGGCUACACGUCUUCAUCACCGAGCUCGAAUUCGUCCUCAGUGAUUGGAGAACAGCCUUCUUAUAUAUUUGUGGCUGCCUCUUCUUGGAAAAAAUAUUAGAGAGCAGAGCGAGACACAGAGCAGGGAGAAAGUGUGAGUGUUGAAGAAAGCAAUUCUCCAAAGAUGUGGUCUGUUGGGGCCUUCAACUCAAUAACCAUAACACCACUGUCUGCCUCUUUCGCUGUGAACAAAGCACCCAUAAAUACACCCACUUCACUCCACCUUCACUAUUUCUCUAGGCCUCUCCGUCCUCUUCCCAGCUUCUCUCUUUCAAAUCACUCGUCUUUUGGACCUCAGCUCUCUUAUAAGAGGACUGUCUCUUUUCGUUGUUCUGCUGCAUUAACUCCGGAGCUGAAGAAUACGCUGGACAAAGUUGUUACCUCACACAAAGUGGUUCUUUUUAUGAAGGGAACAAGGGAUUUUCCACAAUGUGGAUUUUCAAACACUGUCGUACAAAUAUUGAAGUCCUUGAAUGUACCCUUUGAAACAAUAAACAUACUAGAAAAUGAACUAUUGCGCCAGGGAUUGAAGGAGUAUUCCAGUUGGCCAACAUUUCCUCAACUUUAUGUUGAAGGAGAAUUUUUCGGUGGCUGUGACAUCACUGUCGAGGCAUAUAAAACUGGGGAAUUGCAGGAACUACUGGAGAAGGCAAUGUGCUCCUGAGCUUUGCGGAUUAUGGUAAAAGUGUGGUCUUCGACUUGGAUGGUGAUAAUUAGAAAAUGUUUUUUUUUAUGUAAUUCAUCUUUUCUUCGCGGUUGUGCACUAUGAUUACAAACAAAACUGUAUAUUGUAUUAUUUCAGUACUACUAACGAAUCUCCAAUUGGGGAUAAACAGUUAAUAUGAAAAUUUGCAAAAGGCUUUAUUAUU